GGGUACAGUGGUGGCUGCUGGCGCUCUCUGCAGCACAGAUCUGCUGAGAGUACCAGAGUAGCGCUCCUCCACAGACCACAGCCGCAGGGCUCCCACUGCAGUUCAGAGGAAAACCUCACUCAGAAACAGACACUGGAGAAGAAACGGCUCAUCUCACAAGACUUGAAGACAGAAGACAAGACAAGACAAAGAAGAGGGCAAGAAAAGACAAAAGGCAGAGGGAGGACGCCCUUAAAGGACCUCAUGAUGUCACAUCACAGAAACGACUGAGGCAGAUUCUUCGGUCCAAUAAGGAUCCAGUAUUCUAGACGCUCAAACCUUUUUUGAGAUCUGUCGGAGGAAACCUGCCCCGUCUGCCCCUGCCUUUACCUCAGGAUGGCUGGCUGUACCAGCCGCUGCAGGCAGGGGGUGCUCAAGUUAAUCCAGUCCCUGCAGAGAUUGGUCUCAGGAACCCUCACAAAAGAUAAAGCAGAUGACGAGCUUGAGAUGACGACGGUGUGUCACAGACCAGAAGGUCUUGAUCAGUUGGAGGCCCAAACUAACUUCACCAAACAGGAGCUGCAGAUCCUCUAUCGCGGUUUUAAGAAUGAAUGUCCGAGUGGAGUGGUAAAUGAGGAGACAUUUAAACACAUUUAUGCACAGUUCUUCCCUCAUGGAGGUAAAGUUCACUGUUUCCAAACUAAUUCCUCUGUGAUGAUUUUUGAGAAUGGAAGAACUUAUCUCAAUUGUUUUUGUGCUGCAGAUGCAAGCAUGUACGCACAUUAUCUUUUCAACGCUUUCGACACUACAAACAACGGCUCCAUUAAGUUUAAGGACUUUGUAAUGGGGUUGUCGAUUCUGCUGAGGGGAACACUGAGGGAAAAGCUGGAGUGGACGUUUCACCUUUAUGACAUCAACAGAGAUGGAUACAUAAACAGAGAGGAAAUGACAGAGAUCGUGAGGGCAAUUUAUGACAUGAUGGGCAAAUACACCUACCCUGCACUAAAGGGAGACGUCCCACAGCAGCAUGUGGAUGCCUUUUUUCAGAAAAUGGAUAAGAAUAAAGAUGGAGUGGUGACUUUGGAGGAGUUUGUUAUAGCCUGCCAAGAGGAUGAAACCAUGAUGAGGUCCAUGCAGCUGUUUGAAAACGUGAUGUAGGACGAGCAGGGAUGACGGAGACAAAAACGUGGAAAACGAGAGGGCUUUGUGUGAGUGUGUGUGUGGAUGCAUAUGUGCAAUACGUCCAGUCUCUCCUCCUCCUCUUCUUCUCCCCAUUUUAUCCAGCUGUGAUCUGGAUACAGCCAGAAUCCCCCACAAGGACUUGCAAGAAGAGAUUGGACUGGAAUGCUGUUCGCCCUCCUGCCGAGUUUUACUACACAACACAAAGUGACUGAUGCGACAGGCCUGGACGUUACCACACGUCGCUCUCAGUCCUGUCUCAAAGAUUACCCUGGUAAAGACAAAGAUGCUCCGACAUUACAAGGCUGCUCCCGACCAGUGAUGAACAAUGUGUUCAACAAGCUGAACUAUUUAUUUAUUUUUGCCAAAAGAUGUUCUUUCUUUGCCAAAAUAUGAUUGCAUGGUUUUGCGAGAGCUUUUGAUUUAGCUCCAAACAUUGGUUAGAGUUGUUUUGGGAUUUUGGCCAUAGGGAUAUUUAUAUUGAUCUCAUUCAUCUAGUGGUUGACAGAUAUGAGAUACUUCAAAUGUCAUGUACAGUGACCCCUGUACGCUUGCGUUAAUCUGACUGUCGCUUGAGAGUCUGUCUUAUGCCUGUUGUUAGUCCGUCUAAAUCUUAAAGUAGAAAGUCAAAUAAUUUUGACAUAGUACAUUUUAUGGGUCUUAUAUGAAUGUGUGUGGUUGUCUUUUUUGUCUACGUUGGAACUUAGGUUUUAGUGACAAGAAAGAAAAUGAUUCAUUCUUUUAUAUUUCCACUUGCUGCUUUGCUUCUUGUGGUCAAAUUGGUGUUGUCAAUAAUGUAAAGAAGAAAAUAGUGUUUAAACGUGCAUAAAUUUUGGAUAUCAUUAUGAAGUGCCCGCAAAAACGAAGAUGUUUAAUUAAUCGAAAGAGGUUAGUGAUCAUAAAAACGAUAUCUUUUUUGCACAGCUGAAGGGGAAUUGAUAUGUGAUUCGGAGAUAGUGACAAUGAGGACAUAGAACUGUGUUUAUGUUGAUAAUAGAUGUCAGUGAACAGACGGUAGCUUCUGGGCCAUUCUAAUGAAAUCCUGGUCUGAGAAAGUUUCUGAUAAUCUUACAGGGAAAUACCUCUGAAUGUCAGCUCUGGAAUGUGAUAUUUUGAUUGACUGAGGGCAGCUCCAUCUGUAUUAACAGACAUUUGGCACUGCCUCCCCCAUCCAAACUAGGACAGUGAUGUCACACCGACGUGCGUGGUGCACACAGAAGAAGGUACUAACGGCAGUCGUCUGCUGAUGGUUUUAGGUGAGUCAGGGUGAGUUUGAAAGCACCACCAUCAUAGAAAACUCACACAGCUAUAGUAGUUUAAGCACUAAAAUAUUAAUCACUGUUCUUUUUUGAGUCAGUGGAUCAGCUCUUUGCUGUAUGGUACAUCUGUGUGACAUCACAGCCUCGGCUCUCUGAUAUCUUGGUUUGGAAUAGAGUCGUUAAAUCUCACUAUGAGAAGAUUAAUUCUAAGCCAUAAGAAUAAAUAUGGAAAUUCUUAAA